GGCUCUGCCCAUUUAAACAUAGAAAUUAAAUCCCAUUAAUUUCUUGUGCGAAGAAAGUCGUAUUGGGAUAAAAAAAAGACAAAGGAAUCUUUAUCUCUCUAACAUAUUUUAUCCCGUCGUCUCCGGGGAAGGAAAAUCAAAGCCCUCCAUGUUAUUAUUUUAGUGAAUCUUUUUUUUUCUUUUUUAUUUUGGGGGUUUGUUUUUUUGACUAAAGAGAUCAGAGCUUGUGCUAGCUCUUGUUCAUCAGAGCUUGUGUCAUUUUCCAAGAUAUCUUCUCGAGGAACAUCAGUCCAAACCCUUUCUGGAUUUUCUUUUCUUUUCUUUUUUUGCUUUGUUUAAUUUCACCUAUGCAUCAUCUCAUCUGUUUCUCCAACCCCAUGUUUGUUUGUUGAGAAGACACCUUUCUUUCCUCUCUUUAGCAAACACAAUCCAAGCUGAAGCUUUCAGGGCUUCUCAUCUUUUCUGACCAUAUAUAUCUAUCAAUUCAAUCCCUUGAAACAUAGUUACUUGUUGUCAAGAAAGAGGAGAAAAGAUCAAAUACCCUACACUUUUGUCAUUUCCUUGGAAAAAAUAGGUAACUAUUUAGAGAAGAAAAACCUAGCUUUGAAGCAUGCCCUUGGAAGGGGUUUUCCAUGAGCCCUCUUCGAACCCAAUUCCUGAUCUUUCACUUCACAUUAGUCCACCCAAUGUUUCCACUUCUUCAGUAAUUAAUCUUUUGAACCGACAACAGGUCAGCAAAUCUAACAGCAGCAGCUCCAUGACCAUGAGAAAUGACUCACAGGCUUACACCGAGCUGUCUCUUGCACAUCCAGCUAGUGCCAUGGAGCAGGAGAUCAGGCGAAGAAAGUCAGCUGGUGGAGCUGAACAACCAUUGCAUACCCAGUUCAAUCACUUAAAUCAUGGGGUUUCGGAACUUGAUGUAUCUGCUGGUGUUAGGGCAAUAAAAGGGAUUCCACUAUAUCAAAACCGUUCAUUAAUCCCAGUCGCACCAUUACAAAAUCUUUCAAGUGAGAAGGAUCCAAAGAUGUGCUUCUACCAAAUACCUUAUCCUUCUUCUUCUCCAUCUCUCUCUGUCUCGCCUUACUUUGGAGCAGGAUUAGAUCCCAUCUCCAUCUUAUGCUCAGCCUCAGGGCCUAAUCGAUCUUCGCCAGUUGCUUGUCGGUCACUGGCAACAACAACAACAACUAGAUUUAAUGGGAUUUCCAUGGAUGCUUUAAAAUCCCACCAAUUGCACCAGCACCCCCAGCAUAACCACUACGGAGUUGGAUCUUCUGAUGCUUCUCAUGGACUGAUUAGAUCAAGAUUUUUGGCUAAGCUUCCUUCUAAAAGAAGUAUGAGAGCACCGAGGAUGAGAUGGACUAGCACACUUCAUGCUAGAUUUGUUCACGCUGUUGAGCUACUUGGUGGUCAUGAAAGAGCUACUCCCAAGUCAGUUCUUGAGUUGAUGGAUGUCAAAGAUCUCACAUUAGCACAUGUGAAAAGCCAUUUACAGAUGUAUCGGACUGUUAAGACAACUGACAAGCAUGCAGCCUCUUCAGGUCAAUCAGAUGGGUCAGGAGAAGAAGAUAUAUCGACUGUUGGCAGUGUCAACCCUGGCCUGCCGGAAUUGACAGAUCAAAUAAGAACAGCUGAUAUCUCAUUUCCACAAGAAUCGUGUCACACUCCUACUCGUUGGAGUAAUUCUUCAAGAGAAGCAUGGCCGCAAGUUAACUCGUAUGAUACAGAUGGGCUCACACCACCACAAUCCUUCCGAUCCAGAAAAACUGAGGAAUAUUGUGAUACAAGUCCAUCGUUGAAUUGCAAAAACCCAAACUUGGACUUCACUUUAGGCAGACCAGACUGGAUGGGAGACAACACAAAUAAUUAAUUUACUAUCAUACAUUUGAUAUAGUGUGCUUGGCUGGUUCUUUCCUUGUAUUCAUAAAUGGACAUUCAUACAUGAAACACAUGUGUAACAUUUUAAAUAUUAGAUACUUUUUUUUUUUUUGAGAGAUUGUUUUUAGUGGCUAAAGUUGGUCAAAUUUCAUUAAUAUUGUUUUGGGUAAAUCAU